AUGGCGAGCAUCACCACAAACGCCUCCAUCGCCUCCUUCGGCGGCCGCUUCCUCAAGCUCACCCACACCUCGGCCCUCACCGGCGGGCCCAUGAACUUCACCCUCUUUCUCCCCGCCGGCAUCUCCGAGGCCUCACCCGCCCCCUUGCUCAUCUACCUCUCCGGCCUGACCUGCACCCCGGACAACGUCACCGAGAAGGGCUUCCUGCACGCCCACGCCGCGCCCCUCAAGCUGGCGCUGCUCUACCCGGACACGUCGCCCCGUGGCUCCGACCACCCGGGCGAGCACGACGCCUGGGACUUUGGCAGCGGCGCGUCGUUCUACGUGGACGCCACGCAGGAGCCCUGGGCCAGCAACUACAAGAUGGAGUCGUACAUCACCAAGGAGCUCCCCGACGUGGUCUUUUCCAACUUCAAGCAGCUCGACCCGACGCGCGUGUCCAUUGCGGGACAUUCCAUGGGCGGCCAUGGAGCGCUGACGCUCUAUCUCAAGAACCCGGGCAAGUACCAGAGCGUGAGCGCCUGGUCGCCCAUCUCGAACCCGAGCGGGUGUCCCUGGGGCGAGAAGGCGUUUACGGGGUAUCUCGGUGGGAAUCGGGAGGAGUGGAAGAAGCAUGAUGCGACGGAGCUGGUGAAGCACUGGAGGGGGCCUUUGAACGCCCUUCUCGACGUGGGUACUGCGGACAACUUUUACAAGCAGCGGCAGCUUUUGCCAGAGAACUUUGUCGAGGCGGCCAAGGCGGCGGGUGUCGAGGGCUUGGAGCUGCGAUACCAGGAGGGAUAUGACCAUUCGUACUUUUUCAUUUCGACGUUUGGUGAGGAUCAUGUGAGGCAUCAUGCUAAGCACCUGGGCUUGUUGUAA